AUGAGCGGGGCUCAUAACCUGUUGAGAAACUGGAGAGAGGGCGAAUGCCCAUAUCGAUUGAGACCUAGACAGAGAGGAAGGCCACGGAAGAAGAGAGCAAAUGUUACCGAAUUUGAAAAGAUCCAGAAGGUCUUGUGGUCCAUGAACCCAUGUACAUCUGAUCACAUACCCGCUGUUCUUAAAAUUUGUUAUGGACUACCUGUCAUGAUUCGCUACAAUGAUGCUACAGAGCUCUGUAUAACAAAGGGACAAGAGGGAAGAGUAGUGGGGUGGGACGAAGGAGAAGGUUCUCAUGGAAAACCUAUUUUAGAAACAUUAUUUGUCGAACUGAUUGAUCCUCCUUCAAAGGUUCAAAUCCCCAGACUUACUGUGAACGUUGUACCAAUUCCUAAAAGUAGUAACCGUGUCGAGUGCCUAAUGCCCAAUGAUAGCGUGGUUCGAGUGGAGAGGACCCAAGUGAAUAUCCUUCCAAACUUUUCAAUGACUGAUUAUGCAUCACAAGGCAAAACUAGAACUUAUAAUGUGAUUGAUUUAACACAUUGCAAGAAUCAUCAGUCUUACUAUACCUGUGUUUCACGUAGUGCAUCUGCAGCAGGGACAGCAAUUCUCCAAGGAUUUGACACAGAAAAAAUUACCAAAGGGAUCAAUGGAUACUUGCGACAGGAAUUCCUCAGACCUUUGCGAAAUCCAACAAUAAGGGCAUUCCAGAAGUGGGCAUCAGAGAACAACAUUGACUAUUCAUCCAAAUGGCACAAGUCCCUACAAUGGAGAAAGAAUGAGAAGAUUAUACAGGAGCCAGAAAAGGAUGGCACUUGGAACUUGGCAUAUGCUAAGACCCGUGAAGUGAUAGAGAGAGAAAAGAAUCAGCUUGGUAAGAGAAAGGCAACUGGUAAUUCAGGGCAAGAAGUUAGUAGGCGAAAGCGACAAGUCACUACACUGGCCCCUAAUCCUUUGAAUCUUCCGUCUGAGGGAAGAUGA